AUGGUUCAGAAAACACUCACCAAGUUCCCCGCCGAGGGCCUCCGUCCCAUCCACCGCCUCAUCACGAGCCACAACAAGGAUGGCCUAGGCGUGUUCGUGGCCGACGAUGAAGGCGAUCAUCACCGGCUGCUUGUCGACGGUGGAGCCGCCGCCAACAUCAUCUACAGUACCCGCGACUGCCCCGUAGAUAUGAACGACGAGAAGGACAUCGCUUUCGCCCGCGCGAAUGAGCCUCCCAUCCACGUUCCCAACGGCAGCUGCGUCCGUCUGAUUGACUUCACGCCCGGCCUGGAGUCUCCCAUCCACCGUGCCAUGUCAAUCGACUAUGGCGUUGUCAUCGAGGGCAAGUUCCUGCUCACCCUGGACAGUGGGGAGCAGAAGGUGAUGCUCCCGGGCGACAUGAGCGUCAAUCGCGGCUGCAUGCACAAGUGGAAGAACCUGGACGAGGAGAAGCCGGGGCGCAUGGUCUUCAUUCUGCUGGACGUGAAGCCCCUCAAAGUGAAUGGUGAGACGAUUGACGAAUAUCUGGGAGACAUGAAGAAGGACUACGUUCAUGCGCAGCAUUAUGGGAAAGAUGCGUAG